CCCAAGGCUCGGGAAGAGUAGGCAGGAGGGGUGCCUAGGGGACCGGCCCGGGCAAGGCGAGGUCAAGGCCAGGCAGAACUGCAAGCCUCGCCAGGAAGAGAAAGAACUUGGGGGCGGGGGAGGCGCGGGCUCAUUUCUGUCCAGCCCAGAGGGCUCGGCGCGGCCCCUCGGCUCCAGGCGCGCGCAGCGGUUUCAUUAGAGCCCUGGACGCGGGCCACUCGCCAGGAACUUCCCCGCAAGGAGCGAGAUUUACGACCCCCCACCCCCCAGCAGGCUCUCGGCCUCGCAAUGUCAGGCAGGAGCGCCGCAACCUAAAAUGGAGCCCUGCCGGCGCGGCGGCGGCAGCCAGGCGGCGGGCUCCCGGGCGGCGGGGCCGCGGGUCUCCAAGCUCAGCGCUGCGCCCCGGCGCACACGCGCGCCCUGACCGCGGACUGCGCCGGCCAGCCGAGCCGCCCCUCUCUCAGCCCUCGCACAACUGUCAGGCAGAACCGUCCGGCGGAUAUUGGCUCCGGCGACACAGCGAGGCUCCUCCCAGAGUCUGGAUCUUUAUAUUUUGGGAGAAUUUCUUUGAACUCAGUUACAAAGCUGCGUGAAGGAGACAAGUUCCCACAGCCGGCUCGCCGGCGGGGGCGAGGCGAGGGCUCGCCCACUUUUUCUGCAGCGGCCGCGUGCCCUGAUUGUAUUCCUCCUUUCCCUGGUGGAGGAACACGGACUUACUUGGCUGAGGAAAAUGCUAAUUAUCUGGAUGUGAUCGUGAAAAGAGAACGUGUGACUGGAGGCGGCAGAAGAGGAUGAGGAAAAGCAGUAUUUGAAGAAAGAAUAAACCACCCACUCCAAUUCUGUCUGCAAAUUGGUGCUAUUACUUCUAGGGUCCAUUUGCUUUAAUCUCCUCCUCCCAUUAAGAAACCUUGACUUGAGGGCCAAGAGACAGCCCCUUCCAAGUGGGGGACCCUUCUGGGUUGGAAGACCUUUUGGAUGUAGUGCUGGUGGAACGUUUAUUCACUCUCUUCUGGAAAAGCCACCAUGAAUUCGGUAGCUGGGAAUAAAGAGAGGCUUGCAGUCUCCACCAGGGGCAAGAAAUACGGGGUGAACGAAGUUUGCUCGCCCACCAAGCCCGCAGCGCCCUUCUCCCCUGAGAGCUGGUACCGGAAAGCGUACGAGGAGUCACGCACCGGCAGCCGGCCCACCCCCGAGGGCGCGGGCUCCGCGCUCGGCUCGUCGGGGACCCCGUCCCCCGGCUCGGGCACCUCGUCCCCGAGCUCCUUUACGGGCUCCCCGGGUCCCGCCUCCCCGGGCAUUGGCACUAGCUCGCCGGGCUCCCUGGGCGGCUCGCCCGGCUUCGGCACCGGCUCNAGGGUUUCUUUAUGCAGUAGUUUUGUCCAUACUCCAAAUAGCCAGAGNGGUGUCUGGUGCGAGAACUGCAACGCCCGCCUGGUGGAGCUGAAGAGGCAGGCGCUGAAGCUGCUGCUCCCCGGGCCCUUCCCGGGCAAGGUGAGCGCCGCGCGGGGUGGGCAGCCCGGGGAGGGCAGCGGAGGGGAGGAGGGCCCGGCCGCGGCCCAGGGCUUAGGCAGCUCCGCCGCUCUUGGCAGCUGCCCGGCCCGCAGCCACCGCGCGCCUCGCCGCAGCGCGUGGGACCCUGGCUGCGCAGAGGGCUGCUACGAACCCCAGGGGGCGCUGGCACGGCCGGGGCAGCCCCAGGCCAGGGAGGGGGACGGACCCCGCGCCUCUCCCUCGCCAGGCCGCCGUGGGGCGCAAGCUUGGAUACGGCGCAGGCGGUUUCAGGUCUCGCCGCCCCCGGGGAUGUCCCAGAUUAUUUGUCCUGCUGUCCUCCACUCCGUACAGCCCCUUCCCGUGUUCCCCAUACCCGCCGGGCCAUGCUGUUAG